AUCAACGCAACUACUCUAAAAGAUAAAGUUAGUCACUUUAAUUGGCACAGGGUCUUCAAAUUCAAGAAUCAAAAUCAUCCGGAAGUGUAGUUACUAUUGACUAAAAUUUCCAUUCACUGACUUGAUAACAUCUCCUCCAACUCAAAGAGCCUACAAAAAAUGACAGCCACGCCUGUAAAAGUGUACGGACCCCCGCUAUCAACGGCAGUGUCAAGAGUGUUGGUAUGUCUUUUGGAAAAACAAGUCCAGUUCGAGCUCGUCAGUGUCAACAUGUCUAAAGGAGAACAUAAGAGUCCUGAAUACCUCAAAAUUCAGCCUUUCGGUCAAGUACCAGCUUACCAAGAUGACAACAUUACCCUUUUUGAGUCAAGAGCAAUAUGCCGUUACAUAUGAGAGAAAUAUGCAAGCCAAGGAAACAUAAAACUGUACGGGAUUAAUCCAUUAGAGAAAGCAUCAAUAGAACAGUGGAUAGAGGCAGAGAGCCAGAGCUAUAAUCCACCAACAGGAAGUCUAGUGUUUCAGCUAGCAUUUGCCCCACGCAUGAACAUCCCGCAAGACGAAGGGCUGAUAGAAAAGAGCAAAGAAAAGCUAGCCAAAGUGCUUGAUGUCUACGAGAGGAGGCUAGGAGAGAGCCGGUACUUGGCCGGGGAUGAGUUCUCUUUAGCUGAUCUCUCCCACUUGCCUAACACGCAGUAUUUAGUGAGUGGUACGGAUGUGAAAGAGCUGUUCAUGUCGAGAGAUAAUGUGGGUAGGUGGUGGGAGGAGAUUUCAAGCAGGGACUCAUGGAAGAAGGUGGUUGAAAUGCAGAACUCUUCCCUUCCUAAAAGUUCAGCAUAACAAAAGAGGCUGAAGGUUUUAAUGGUAAUCUGAAACUAUGUUGCUGUUGUUCUUGGAUUUAGUACGUUUAGUAUGAAGUAUCGUCAUUUGAAUAAAGGGUAUCGUUUUAUUAUAUGAAAGUGUUGGGUUUUAAUCAGCAUUAUCUCAUUACAUGGACUUGUCAUUCACUAUAUGAUGGAACUUCAUUAA